CAGCUGGCUGGGCCUCCGUUGUUUUACUCUGGAGUGAUACUUGCAGUGGAGGAUUCCUACCUAGGAGGCAGCAGCCUGUCAGCAUGGCUCAGGAGUUUGUGAACAGCAAAAUCCAUCCUGGGAAGGUGGUGGUGUUCAUCAAGCCCACCUGCCCCUACUGCAGACGGACCCAAGAGCUCCUCAGCCAAUUCACCUUCAAACAAGGAGCUUUGGAAUUUGUCGAUAUCACAGCCACCUGUGACACAGAUGAGAUUCAAGAUUAUUUGCAACAGCUCACUGGAGCCAGAACGGUACCUCGAGUCUUUAUCGGUAAAGAGUGUAUAGGUGGAUGCACUGAUCUAACAAGUAUGUAUCAACGUGGGGAACUGGUGACGCAGCUAAAGCAGAUUGGAGCUCUACAGUAAUUGCAGGGCGGAACCCGGGCUGACAUGUCCCUCGAGAGCUGACGGCCUCAUGAAUGAUGGCAACGCUUCCUCCCGACUGGGAUCUGGGGCUCCCUUCACAAAGCUACAGCAGCUGUUUACUUAAAAUUCUGAAAUGUCUAAACCAAAAAAAAGUGGCAGGGGGCGGUUCUUCGCAAAAACAGGCUUUGCUUCUAUUGAUUUAGUAUUAAAAGGGGAUCCACUUACCACAAACCAUUGGUCUGGGAAGGUUAAAAGACAUCUUCGAUUUCUUCUAGAUUGGCCCCUGGGUUCCAAAGGACCAUGAGCAGUUAUAGCUUAGGAUUCCCUCACUGACCCCCCAAAAGUUCUUUCUUUUUUGCAAGUGGCUCUUCCUAACUAUUCUUCACCUGUCAGGACUCUACCUCUAAGCCAGGGUUUCUCAACCAAGUUUAUCCCAGGCCACUAGAGUGAAUCUACAAGGUAAUUGUAUGCUACCACUCCCAAAAUUAUUUUGAGUUUAACUUGAUAGAGUUUGUACUAUGAAAUCAAAUAGGUAUUUUUAAUGUGUUUUUUAAAACUAUAUGUUCUUCCCUGUCACCGCCCAUCCUGCCUUGAGAAUACUGCUCUGAACUAGUGUUCUGAACCUUGACAACACACACAGCUCUCAGGAAAUGCUCAGCAAUUCUGUGAAGGGCUGAGGAUCCAAUCUGAGAAAUGACACAUGAAGAGUUAAGCACAGUGGGUCUUCACUUGGUGCUACAGGGAUCAGAGCUACAUGUGCAGAUGCUGUGAUUAUGUGGCAACACUGUUAUGUAAGAUGAUUGUCCCGGUACUCCUGAACAAGUGUGUAUUAAAUUGUUUAUACAUUACGAACAAAAGUAAAACAUAUAUUCAAAACAUUAUCAUAUAAAACUUGCAAACCUGUUCCCAAAGAACAUGUCUGUGAAGGUAGCAGAAUUUGGGAAAUACUGUCCUAAAUGAUUUUCUCUCUUUUUCAUUCCCCACUCUAUGAAAACUUAAGAAUCCCUCAUUGAGAUGUGUGUUCUAGAAUCACAAGAUUAAUUUCCUUUUGCAGUCUCUACUAUGAAAGGUUAAUUUCUGUGUAAUAAAAUAGUCAUAAAUGACAGUGAUUUUCUUUUUUGUCCAAUUCUUUACUAUGUUCUCAAGACCUUAAGGGAUGAUAUUGAUGUGAGAUACAUCAGUUUGAAGUUUUAUUCAUGUUUGUCCCCUGCCAUUAUAAAUAAAGGCAUACACUAUUGUCCUUCAUUGAGUACAAA